UGGCCCGAUCCAGCCAGAUGACCCGAUCCAGCCAGAUGACUCGGUGCCCGCUGUCGUGCCAGAUGACUUGGUGCCUGCUGUCGUGCCAGAUGACUCGGUGCCCGCUGUCGUGCCAGAUGACUCGGUGCCCGCGGUCGUGCCAGGUGACUCGGUGCCCACUGUCGAGCCAGGUGACUCGGUGACCGCUGUCGAGCCAGGUGACUCGGUGCCCGCUGUCGAGCCAGAUGACUCAGGUGCCCGCUGUUCUGCCAGAUGACUCGGUGCCCGCUGUCGUGCCAGAUGACUCGGUGCCCGCUGUUCCAGCCUGGUGACUCGAUGCCCGCUGUUCUGCCAGAUGACUCAGUGCCCCGCUGUCGUGCCAGGUGACUCGGUGCCCGCUGUCAAGCUUGAUGACUCGGUGCCCGCUGUCGUGCCAGAUGACUCGGUGCCCGCUGUCGUGCCAGUGCCCGCUGUUCUGCCUGAUGACUCGGUGCCCGCUGUCGAGCUUGAUGGCCUCUGCCCGCCUGUGCUCCACCUGACGUGCCUCUGCCUGCUGCCCAGCCUGAUGUGCCUCUGCCCCGCUGCCCAGCCUGAUGUGCCUCUGCCCACUGCCCGGCCUGAUGUGCCUCUGCCCGCUGCCCAGCCUGAUGUGCCUCUGCCCGCUGCUCCAGCCCGAUGUGCUGCUGCCCAGCCUGAUGUGCCUUCCCAGCCCGUUGCCCAGCCUGAUAUGCCAGCCCCUGAUAUCCAGCCAGUUACCUGACCCAGGCGGUGGAACAGAUUUUGCCCACUAA